UAACUUCAGUUAGUUAUUUUUCUAUAUAUUUUCUAUAUACAUUUUUUUGUUGUUUAGUGAUAUAUUUAAUAAUAAUUUUCGGUGCGGCUGCUGUCAAUUUUGUGAUCAAUGCGUUUAUUAUAAUAGUAAAAAAAAUUAAUAAGUGCCAAAAUGUUUAUUAUACCUCCUGGACCAAAACAAAACGGAGGAUCAGCACGCCACGCAAAACCUUAUUGUGAAUGUUGGAGCAAGCGCGGUCCUAUGACAUGGAAACAUUUAAACGUAUGCUCCUGUGGGGAAGACAAUGAUGAAAGCCAGUGGAAAUGGCAGCAGCCAGAUGAGAGAAGCCCGAGUCGAGUUGUGGUCAGCGAUGACCAGAAGCAGGUCACCUUCCAUCCAUUCUACAGCUCGGGCACAGCGGCUGUCAAGGGAGACACACCGUUGUUACACAAUCACCAUUACUAUUGGGAGGUGAAAAUGUUGACCGAGACAUAUGGCACUGAUAUUAUGGUAGGCCUAGGGACGAACAAAGUGAGCGUGUCCGACUCGCAGUUCGAGUUCACGUCGCUCCUGGGCCAGGACGGCGAGUCGUACGGGCUGUCGUACACGGGCGCGGUGCGGCACAACGCGACCACCGCCCUGGACUCGGCAGGCUUCUGCCGCGGGACCAUCAUCGGCGUCAUGGUCGACAUGUGGCGGGGCACGCUCGAGUUCUACCUCAACAGGAAACCACAGGGCAUCUCGUUUUACAACCUCCGCCGUCACCAGUGUUUGUUCCCGAUGGUCUGUUCAACAGCAGCCCAGUCCUCGUUGCGGCUGAUCUACGCGUCCUCGUGGCGCGCUUCCUUACUCGUGGAUGCGGCUAAAAUCCUAGCUGCGUCCGUGAGCGCCGAUGCGAGGCUACGGGUGCCACCCGGCAUCUGGUACACGCUGAGAUCAAACUUCUGGCUGACCUUUCCUAACCAGGGUUGUGUACUGGACGAAGAUGAAGAUGCCCCAAUGGAAAUCGAACCAGUUAAAUCGUCCACCAGCGUGUCCCUGGCAUCUGGGUUGAGCACAAAGCACAGGAAGUCGACCGCGUGACCGCCUUGCUGGGGACACACGGAGUCUUAACCGUCGCCCCCUCACCUCGUCUGAAUUUAGCCCUGCCCUAGGUACACUAGGAGAGACACGUCUGUAUAUCUAAAAUGACCACUUUAGUGUUUCCUAAUAGGAUCCUAAAAUGACUACAACUAAAGGUUUCACAUUUCAAAUCAUUAAAAAAAAAAAAAUGUAAACGUUGAAAAGCAUUCGGUUUCUUUAUUUGAAUAUAAUAUACUAUAUUUUAAAUGGUGUCAACUAAACAUUAAAUGAUUUUGGAAACGUCUACUCGUUAAUAAGAUGGAUUAAUAAUUAUAUUAAUGCCUUUCUAAAUUUUAAUAGUGGCAACACCACUAUUUUUCUUGACUGGUUUUUAUGAACUGGCUAUACUUUAUUUCCCUUUUAUUCCUAAAAAUGCCAAAUAUAUCAUCUAUUUUAGCUAUUGAAGUAUUUUGCCUUUUUUUUUUUUAGCGCUAAAUUCCCAAUAGGAAAGAGAGUAAUAAAACACUCCAAUAGUUAAAAAGAUUUUAAAAUAUUUAAUUUUUAAUAAACAAUGUAGUUUAUCUUUAAAGGUAACUUUAACUGACAUUGUAAUCCGUAAACUGCACUUGUUGUAUUUGAUUGUUGAUAUGUCAAAUUUCAUUAACUUUAAAAAGAGCCGACUUAUUUUUUAAGUUUUUCUUAAAUUUAUUGCUAUAAUUUUUUGUACGAAACAAGAAGUAUAUAUCUAUUCAUUUAACAAACUGUUACUUAGGUGAUUGUAAAUGUGUAUCGUUUUAGUAUCCACUUGUGAAUUACCAAAGUGGCUGUUUUAGACCUUAUAAACUUAUAAGUAUGCAAACUUGUAUUCGUAGUCAGUAAUAAGAUUGAAUUACUAUACUAAUAGGUACUUAAUGGAAGCCGUUAAACGGUUAAUGUAUUAGUUGCCAUACAAUGUGAUAGAGCAUUUAUUACGAAGCAAUGAGUCAGUCAGAAUUUGUCUCUUAGCUUAUUUUUUAAUGGUAUGGUAACCCCGCCUGCGCUAACGGGAUACGCUGGCGGAGCACCAGUGAAGGGUGAUAGAUGAGAAUGAAAUCAGGCCAGUUAGCCCAUCACGAUGAAUUCAUCAGGAAUUAACCAUGAUAGUUUCCAAGGGAACCGCGAGGAGGUCGAUCUGGUUGGGUAUAUUGCUAGCAAUGGGAUUCUCAGUCUACAUUACUAACAAUCCUUUUUCCCCCCUCUCUUAGCUUAUUGCCAUAUGGCAUUCUCUACCAGCUAACUAUUAGGUAAAAACAGAAAGCGUAUGAAGGGCAGAUGUGGUGAAAAAUAUGUCACAUAAUUAUAGUAACAUAUUGAAAUAUAUAUACAUACAUACGAUAAGCAUUCUAAGAUAUAGUUUUUAUAUAUUUAUUACUAUCGCCCUACCAUUACCCCGUUACCCUAAAAUUGUCCCGAAUAUGAGGUAAUUUAUUAUUAUAUGGAAAUGAUAAUUCUGCAUCUGGCAACUCUGUAACGUUCGCAUCGCACGCAUCGUGUUCUUAAAGCACGGAAAGCUCUAUGUCGAUGUCACGAUGUGCCAUCUGACAUGCUUUUUUCCUCAUUUAUCACUCACUGGUACCCCGACAGUGUAUACCGAUAGUGCAGGCGGGGUUACCAUUCCAAUGUCACCCAUUGGGGGAAGGGAUUGUUAGUAAUGCGGACUAUCAGUCCCAUUGCUAGCAAUAUGCCCUAUAAGAUCGACCUCUACGUGGUCCCCCAUGGAAACCAUCGUUCUGGAUGUAUUCAUCACGAUGGGCUAACUGACAUGCCUUUUCUUUUACACAAAUCGCCCCCCACUGGUGCCCCGCGAGUGUAUACCGUUAACGCAGGUGGGGUUACCGUUCCAUUAUCAUCAAUUAAAAAAAUGUCACCCAUUAAAAGAGUACGGGAGGCUUUUUUUAUUUCCAUAUGCAAUUUAAAAAAUGUUCAUCUUUGAUGGCAGUACGCACCUUUUUUUUUUAUGCAACUUAGAAUGGCAAACAAGCUGACGGCCCACCUGAUGGAAAGUGGUAACCGUCGCCUAUAGACAUGAGCAGUACCAUGGACAUAACAGAGUAUACUGUUACGCUUUUCUGUUUUAUUUGUAUAAUUUUGUGUCAUUGUGCCAUAUAGGGAAGAGCACUGCUUAUCCUAAAGUACAGGAUUUACCUAUUUAGGGAGCAGAGUUUUACCUAUAUUUAAAAUGUAACAUUUAUUUUUGAAAUAAAUUAUUAUUAUUAUUAUUAUUAUUAUUAUUAUUUUCGUUGAGCCAGUAGUUGUUACGCUUGGCAGGCGGGUUGGCAACCGCAGUUAGGCUUAUAUUUUUAAAUAACAUAAAUACAAAUUAUUUUAAAAAAAUGUAUGAUUUAUGUAUGAAAUGAAUAAUUUUACAUUUAUUUUAGUCAUAUAAUGAGUCUCUAAUGUAAAUCAAUUAUCAUUUAAUUAAAAUAAGCUAUAUUUUAACAAUUAUUGUUAUAAAUCGCAUUAUAUGGAAGAUAGAUUAAGUUUUUGACCGUUUGGUUUUGUAGCAGAUGCAGAGCCCUCUAGCGCUUGACUCAAUUCGAUAGCAUAUACAGUCUGUGGCAAGGAAUUCAAAUGUAAAUUGUAAACUUUUGUUCCAUGUCCGACUUUUGUUCUCUGUUCGAUUUUCAUUUUAUUGCUUUGUUAAUGUAACCAUUAAAAUGAACAAUAAAAAAUUACAAGUUCUUUGUCCGGAUAAAUCCGGUCCGGUCGUAUAUAAUUCUCAUUAUUUCAUCACAAAAUACAUUUGUGAAUAAUUGUAACAUUAGAUUCUAAACUCAAUCCGGCCCUGCUUCCCUGCUUUUAUUGUUACGUAAAGUAAUUAUUCCAUUAAGAAAAUUAAUAUAACAUAAGAAAAUUUUUAUUGACUGACUUAGAAUUUUGUAAUAUAGUUAAUUUUGAAAUAAAACGAGACUGUGAUAAAUUCAUACAAAUAAUUUUAUUUAUCAUCCU